CUCUUUGCUCUUCUCUCGCACAAUUCGAUUCACAUUGAGCAUUGCUCGCAAUCAAUACGCGAUGAAAAUUAAUAACUAAUGCAGAAAAUACACUGAUUUAGUCAUAGAAAUUAAGUGAUUUAGCAAUUAAUUGUGCGGUUUUUGUUAAACAAUUGUGCAUUUUGUGUUUGUGCACCUCAAAAAAUUCAUAUAAUGAAUUGGUGAAUAUUUUCCGACGCGCAAAAUUUUAGCUGCAAAAUUGAUACAGUGCAAGCAGAGAAAAAAGUGAAUAAAAAAAAGUGCAUUGUAUUUUCAAUAUUUGCCAUUUAUCGUGCUGCAAUAUGUGAGUGUCACACAAUUACAGUAUAUAUACAUAUUGUAUACUUCGCUUGGUAGCACAGAUUUCGAUAGAAUAGCAGCAGUAGCAACAACAACAACGACAACGACGACAAUUGGCUAGAAUAACAUAUUUUUUCAUUCACACAGUUGUUUUGGACCAUUUUUUUUCUUCUUCUCUGUACUGUGUGCAUUGGGCGCCAUCAUUAUCGCAACGCACUACAAAUAAAAUUUGCGCGAAUAAAUGAAAUUCAUAAACGCCAUACUAUUGCUUUGUUGUCGUGUUUAUAAACAGAAAAUGUGAUCAAAUCACAAGACAUGCAAACAGACAGAUGAGAUCAAAUAUUCGUAUUCUCAUUAGAAUCGUAUUGGAAUUAUGUGAAAGCCGUACAAAAUGUAAUUGCACAGCGCCAUUCGAUCGCAUAGCAAAACAAAACAACACACAAAAGCAAAAUAUUGAGAGAGUGUGAGCGACUGUGAAUGAGAGAAAAGAAAAAUAAUAACGAACCGCACACAUCUUACGUUUGGUUUGUAGUGAAUUAAGACCGUGUGUCAAACGUCGCAAUAAAAUUAAUGUACGAAAGCAACAAAAAAUGUAGCAAAACAUUUGUUAGCGUUGUACGACAAACGAACGAAACGUAUAAUUUCUCGCAUCUUCUCAGUCGAUUGGGUGAGAACAUUUAUAUUUUGAACUUUGCGCGCCAUCCGAUAACAAUCGAAUUGUUUUUAAAAGAAAUUGAAUAAAGUGUACGAAGGAUGGCUUCCAUUCCAACGUUAGGAGGUCAUCAUUUGGUGAAUCAACAACAUAGCAAUAUGCAAAAUAGUAGCGGAACAUCACAUCCAAACUCACAACAGCUACAGGAACGUCAUUCGCAAAUCAAUCCACAAUCAUCGGAAGCGGUCAACAAUGGCAAUCCCAAGAAACGAAUGCUGUCCCAACAACAACAACAGCAGCAGCAGCAACAACAUCAGCAGCAGCAACACCAACAUCAAAUGCAAUCGCAACAAAUGCCCCCACAUCAUCAAGAGCAUGCACAAAUUACCCCACAUGCAGCUCAAUCAGGCCUACCGAUUCCCAUUCACCAUCCGAUUAGCCAAUUGUUUGCCAUCGAUCCGCAUGGUCAACAAACAAUUAAAACGGAAAAUGAUAAAUUUUAUCAUUUUCCAACACAUUCGAUGGGUAAACCGCAAAUUUUAUCGGACACAAAACUUCCGCCAGCACAAAUGUUUGAUGUUCGAAACGCCGAUGGACAAAUUGUGCAUGUCAAUAUCGAAGAUAUUAAUCAAUUUUUAACGUAUCACGAAGUAUUUGGAAAAAUUGGUAAUACCGAUCAUGCAUUUUCGGCCACAUCCAAUUCGCUCACAAUUCCACCAAUUGCUUCCGCACCAGUAUCAAAUGCACAAACAACACCAAUUCCACCGACGUCGAUUCAAACAAAUUCACAGUCACAAUCGACACCGUUGGUGAUUCCGAAAAUCGAAAAUAUCAACACGUCUGGAGCGAAUUCGAAUUCGAUAUCAGUUAGUACCACAUCAAAUGUGACGAACAAUUCAUCGACAGCAACCUGUGUAACAGCCGGCACAAGUGAUGAUUCGACCGCGAUGCCAUCACCCGGUAUGCACACAUGCGAUAUUUGUGGAAAAGUAUUCGCAUUCAAAUAUCAAUUUAUUGUUCAUCGCCGUUAUCAUAAUGAACGGAAGCCAUUUAUUUGCCAAGUUUGCGGUCAAGCAUUCACAACGUCUGUUGACCUAACAUCGCAUGGUAAAAUUCACGAAGGAGUUAAAAUGUUCAUAUGCAAUGUAUGUUUUAACGUUUUUGCAAACGAUGCUAGUCUUGAGAGGCAUAUGAAACGACACUCCACUGAUAAACCAUUUGGAUGUACGGUUUGUCAGAAAACUUUUGGAAGAAAAGAACAUUUGGAUAACCAUUUUCGUUCGCAUUCCGGUGAAACACCUUUUCGGUGUCAAUACUGUGCCAAGUGUUUUACGCGCCGCGAGCAUAUGCAGAAUCAUGUUCGAAAGCAUACUGGAGACACUCCUUUCAAAUGCGACAUCUGCAAGAAGUCUUUUACGCGUAAGGAGCACUACCUGAAUCACUACUUGUGGCAUACUGGUGAGACACCUCAUACAUGCAACGUAUGUGGCAAAAAGUACACUCGCAAAGAGCACCUAGCAAACCAUCAACGUUCACAUUCAGGAGAGAAUCCAUUCCGGUGUGAGAUUUGCGGCAAAUGUUUCAGUCGAAAGGAGCAUUUUACAAAUCACAUACUUUGGCACACUGGUGAGACACCUCAUCGUUGCGAUUUCUGUUCCAAGACGUUCACACGCAAAGAACAUCUACUUAACCAUGUUCGUCAACAUACAAACGAGUCUCCACAUCGAUGUACUUACUGCAUGAAAUCAUUCACAAGACGUGAACAUUUAAUCAAUCAUACACGCCAGCACACAGGGGAGACACCAUUUAAAUGCGAAUUUUGUCCGAAGGCAUUUGCGCGCAAAGAUCAUCUUCAAAAUCAUCGUAAUCAACAUACAGGACAGUCGCUUCAUAAGUGUGUGUAUUGCAGCAAGAGUUUCUCACGCAAAGAGCACCUUAAAAAUCAUCAAGUUAAACACACCGGUAUAUCUCCAUAUCAGUGUAAAUUCUGUAACAAAAUAUUUUCGAGACGUGAACAUUUGAAUAAUCAUGAAAUGAUACAUACUGGUCUUAGUCCUCAUAAAUGUGUGUACUGUGACAAGGCAUUCACGCGAAAAGAGCAUCUGAAUAAUCACCUAAAACAUCAUUCUCCUGAUAAUCCACUGAUUUGUACGGUAUGCAAUAAGUCAUUCUCGCGGAAAGAAUCUUUAGUAUCACAUAUGAGGUUUGUUCGUUGCCAUACCGGAGAGAGGCCCUAUGCGUGUGAAACGUGUGGAAAAUCCUUCCCACUCAAAGGAAAUUUGCUCUUCCAUCAACGUAGCCAUAAUAAGGGAGUUAAAGCUGAACGACCAUUCCGUUGUGAUCUCUGCCCAAAGGAUUUUAUAUCAAAAGGGCAUUUGGUGUCACAUAGACGAUCACAUACUGGAGAAAAGCCAUUCGGAUGCAGUCAAUGUGGCAAGGCAUUCAUUGGAAAGGGGAAUCUUUUGCGUCACGUCAAGAAAACGCAUCCAAAUAUCACAGAUGUUCAAAGCAUCAUGAUGCAAGCAAAAGCAAAAGCAAAAAUAGCGACCAGCUCGGCGGCAGUGAGUAAUCAAACAACGUCGACAACAUCAAUUCCGCCGUCAUCGGUGCCAGCUGUGGUCACAUCGGCAAUCACAACCCAGCCGAUGCACGGCAAUCAGGUGACCAUUCAUUCGGGUCCGAUUCAAACAGCUGCCCCAUCGAAUCCACAACAACAAUCUCAGCCACCACCCCAUAAUAUUGUUGCACCGCAUAUUCCAAUUCUGAUGGAUCCAUUGGUUCAAAGCAACUACUUAAUUAGCAUCUAAAUGGAACAAACAUAUUAUAUAGUAAGACAUUGCUUACUCAUUAUCCAAACGCAUUAUUUACUGUUUUUUUUCUUUCUUUGAAUGUAAGUUAAAGCUGGUAUUAACUGAACAUGAUUAUCGAGUUAUCUGUAGAAAAGUAAAUACCAUUAUUGUUUGCAAGAGCAACGAUAGAAGUGAUAGAUAUAUUAACUGUGCUAACUUUGGUCAAACCUUUUUUUAUAUAUAUAUAUUGUACCCACUUUCA